AUGCCUGUUGUGCUAGUUCCUUUGAAAGAACAGAUUCUAGGAGUGCAGGUCAAGGGCACCCCUAAGAUAUGUCUCAGUGAUCAUAAUGUCUACCCACUCUCACAGGGCACCCCUAAGAUAUGUCUCAGUGCUCAUAAUGUCUACCCACUCUCACAGGGCACCCCUAAGAUAUGGCUCAGUGCUCAUAAUGUCUACCCACUCUCACAGGGCACCCCUAAGAUAUGGCUCAGUGCUCAUAAUGUCUACCCACUCUCACAGGGCACCCCUAAGAUAUGGCUCAGUGAUCAUAAUGUCUACCUCAGUGCUCAUGUCUACUGCUCCUCACUCUCACAGGGCACCCCUAAGAUAUGGCUCAGUGCUCAUAAUGUUCACUACCCACUCUCACAGGGCACCCCUAAGAUAUGGCUCAGUGCUCAUAAUGUCUACCCACUCUCACAGGGCACCCCUAAGAUAUGGCUCAGUGCUCAUAAUGUCUACCCACUCUCACAGGGCACCCCUAAGAUAUGUCUCAGUGCUCAUAAUGUCUACCCACUCUCACAGGGCACCCCUAAGAUAUGUCUCAGUGCUCAUAAUGUCUACCCACUCUCACAGGGCACCCCUAAGAUAUGGCUCAGUGCUCAUAAUGUCUACCCACUCUCACAGGGCACCCCUAAGAUAUGGCUCAGUGUUCACCCACUCUCAGGCACCCCUAAGAUAUGGCUCAGUGCUCAUAAUGUCUACCCACUCUCACAGGGCACCCCUAAGAUAUGGCUCAGUGCUCAUAAUGUCUACCCACUCUCACAGGGCACCCCUAAGAUAUGGCUCAGUGCUCAUAAUGUCUACCCACUCUCACAGGGCACCCCUAAGAUAUGGCUCAGUGCUCAUAAUGUCUACCCACUCUCACAGGGCACCUCACAGGGCACCCCUAAGAUAAGAUAUGGCUCAGGCACCCCUAAGAUAUGGCUCAGUGCUCAUAAUGUCUACCCACUCUCACAGGGCACCCCUAAGAUAUGCUCAGUGCUCAUAAUGUCUACCCACUCUCACAGGGCUCAUAAUGUCUACCCACUCUCACAGGGCACCCCUAAGAUAUGGCUCAGUGCUCAUAAUGUCUACCCACUCUCACAGGGCACCCCUAAGAUAUGGCUCAGUGCUCAUAAUGUCUACCCACUCUCACAGGGCACCCCUAAGAUAUGGCUCAGUGCUCAUAAUGUCUACCCACUCUCACAGGGCACCCCUAAGAUAUGGCUCAGUGCUCAUAAUGUCUACCCACUCUCACAGGGCACCCCUAAGAUAUGGCUCAGUGCUCAUAAUGUCUACCCACUCUCACAGGGCAUCCCUAAGAUAUGGCUCAGUGCUCAUAAUGUCUACCCACUCUCACAGGGCAUCCCUAAGAUAUGGCUCAGUGAUCAUAAUGUCCAGUCACUGCACCCCAGAGAAUUGGUUCAGUCCCAAAAUCUUGCAUGCUGGUGUGCCUGUUCCAGUUCUUAUAUGUCUUUGCAGGCAGCUGACGAUAUCAUCUGGUGCACCACCCAUUUUAUCCAAGAACUGUUCUCAUAUGAAUCUGAUUUCCAAGAACAAAUGUGA